AGCUUACUGGCCUCUACUCCUCUCUCUAUAUAAGCCACUCUCAGUUACCCUCUCUCUGCACCAAAUACACUCUAAGCUCUCUCUUCACUUCCUCUUUGCUUCUCGCCAUUUACUUUUAGUUUCUAUUUCAUUUUCUCUUGCUUUCUAUGGCUACUGUUGAGGUGGUAUCAGCACAGACUGCACUUCCAGAGGAGAAAGCUGAGGAAGUCAAGGUUCCAGAGGCAGCACCAGUUGCUGAUGAAAAACCAGAAGAAGAGCCAAAGGAAGCAGAGGCGGUUGAUCAGGUAUCUGAAGAACCAGUAGCACCAGAGUCUGAUGCUCCGGCGGAAGCAGUGGUGGAAACUAAAGAGGUGGUAGAGGUUGAAGAAGCAAAGGAUGUGAAAGAAGAGCCAGAAGUAGAGAAAACUGCGGAAGAGGAGACUCCCGAGGAAGAAACAUCUCAGGAGGAACCAGCACCAGAGACCGUUGUUGAGGAGGCUCCCAAAGAGACAACUGAGCCUGCAACUGAUGCAGAAGCACCGGCACCGGAAGCUCCGGUUGAAGCUCCGAAGGAGGAAGAAGGCGGUGAGAAGAAGAAGCCUGAAGCAGAAGAAGCUGCAGUUGAGAAGCCUGAGUAAAGAGUCGAAGGGUACGGUGGUUUUCUUGAAAGCUUGUUUAGUGGGUAAGCUAGGGUUGGUCAUUGCAUGCCAUUCUGUAAUAUUCCUCUUCUAGCUUGUGGUUUAAUAAGAGUACUAGUUUCUUUUUAGGGUAAUGGGUCUCGGUAUUGGGAUGUCCCACUUGGGUUGAACCCAAUGAGAAGUCGCCACAUGGCAGACAUGCAUUUGCUACAGUGUAGGAUAUGUUUUGGGUAGUCUAUUGCAUCUGUGACAGAUCAGCAUGUAUGCUUGUUUGGUUCCAUGCAGUAUUGAGUUUUUUAAUAUAUAUUAUGGUCUUUGAUGUUUGCAAUAAUAAAAAUUUUAGGGUUUGAUCUUUGUUUAAUAA